GUACAACAGUUCAUUGAUACGGGUCAGAUUCCACCCUUCAGUGACCCACAGAGGAACUGCCGCUGGUCAGAGAAGAGAGGCCUUGCUUAUCUGAAAAGGCUUAUCUGCGUGAGACUGGCUUUUCUUCAGGUACCGGAAUCAGAACCACAGAUCUUAGCAGAUUGAAGGCUACAGCAGGUUGGUGCACCAUGUCGGUCAGUGUUCACGAGACCCGCAAAUCUCGGGGCAGCACGGGCUCCAUGAACAUCUCGCUCUUCCAUAAGGCCUCGCACCCUGACUGUGUGCUGGCCCACCUCAACACUCUGCGCAAGCACCGCAUGUUCACGGAUGUCACGCUCUGGGCUGGUGACCGAGCCUUUCCCUGCCACCGCGCCGUGCUGGCUGCCUCCAGCCGAUACUUCGAGGCCAUGUUCAGCCAUGGCCUGCGGGAAAGCCGGGAUGAUACGGUCAACUUCCAGGACAACCUGCACCCCGAGGUGCUGGAACUGCUGCUGGACUUCGCCUACUCCUCCCGCAUCGUCAUCAAUGAGGAGAACGCAGAGUCGCUGCUGGAGGCCGGUGACAUGCUGCAGUUCCACGAUGUCCGGGAUGCAGCCGCCGAGUUCCUCGAGAAGAACCUUUCCCCUGCCAACUGCCUGGGCAUGAUGCUGCUGUCGGACGCCCACCAAUGCCGGCGGCUCUAUGAGUUCUCCUGCCGCAUGUGCCUGGUUCACUUUGAGACGGUGCGGCAGAGUGAGGACUUCAACAGUCUGUCUAAGGACACGCUGCUGGACCUUGUCUCCAGUGACGAGCUGGAGACUGAGGACGAGCGCGUGGUCUUCGAGGCCAUCCUGCAGUGGGUGAAGCACGACCCCGAGCAGAGGAAGGCUCACUUGCCACUGCUCCUGCGCAGUGUGCGCCUGGCCCUGCUGCCCUCGGACUGCCUGAAGGAGGCCGUAUCAGGGGAGGCCCUCCUCAUGGGGGACGAGUGCACCAAGCUCAUCAUAGACGAGGCCUUCCGUUGCAAGACCAAGAUCUUGCAGAAUGACGGGGUGGUCACCAGUCCCUUUGCCCGGCCACGAAAGGCGGGACACACACUGCUCAUCCUGGGAGGCCAGACCUUCAUGUGUGACAAGAUCUACCAGGUGGACCACAAAGCCAAGGAGAUCAUCCCCAAGGCGGAUCUGCCAAGCCCCCGGAAAGAGUUCAGCGCCUCAGCAAUUGGUUGCAAGGUCUAUGUGACGGGAGGCAGGGGCUCUGAGAAUGGGGUCUCUAAGGAUGUCUGGGUGUAUGACACUGUCCACGAGGAGUGGUCCAAGGCGGCCCCCAUGCUGAUCGCCCGCUUUGGCCAUGGCUCAGCUGAGCUGGAGAACUGUCUCUACGUGGUCGGGGGACAUACAUCUCUAGCGGGUAUUUUCCCUGCCUCCCCUUCUGUCUCCCUGAAGCAAGUAGAGAAAUAUGACCCUGUGGCUAAUAAGUGGACUAUGGUGGCCCCAAUGAGAGAUGGUGUCAGUAACGCUGCCGUGGUGAGCGCCAAGCUGAAGCUCUUUGUGUUCGGAGGGACCAGCAUCCACCGGGACAUGGUGUCCAAAGUCCAGUGUUUCGACCCCUCAGAGAACCGGUGGACCAUCAAGGCCGAGUGUCCCCAGCCCUGGCGAUACACAGCUGCUGCUGUCCUGGGCAGCCAGAUCUUCAUCAUGGGGGGUGAUACAGAGUACACGGCGGCCUCAGCCUAUCGCUUCGACUGUGAGACCAACCAGUGGACGCGGAUUGGGGACAUGACCGCCAAGCGCAUGUCCUGCCACGCCCUGGCCUCGGGCAACAAGCUGUAUGUGGUAGGAGGCUACUUCGGGACACAGAGAUGUAAGACCCUGGACUGCUACGACCCCACUUCGGACACGUGGAAUUGCAUCACCACUGUACCCUACUCUCUCAUCCCCACGGCCUUCGUCAGUACCUGGAAGCACCUGCCUGCAUGAGACGCACCUUUGGAGCCCAGCCAGGCUGCAGGGUUCUUCCCGCCUGGGCCGGAAGCCGACAGCACCAGCUCCGGGCAGCAGCGGUUCAGGCUCCAAAGCUUUAGGCAGCAGAGCGAAGAUCCCCAGAGACACCUGUGCUCGGCACCCUGCGCUGCCAGUGGCUUGUGUGGAGAGAAGCGUCCAGAGGCGUGGGCUGUCACCGGGAACUAUAGGGCUGGGGGAUGACAUUCACUCAAGGUCUUGAGGUCACCUCUGCCAGCCAGGCCUGGCAAGGGCUGGCAGGGGAACAGCAGGGGUCCCUUGACUCCAGCAGCCCAGCCUUUGACUGCAGGGCUGCCUGUGGGGGGUGGCAGUGUUGCUCCACAGUGUCCUGGACAUCAGGGAGCAGAGUGCAGCUGAGGACGUUUUAUAAGGGACAGAAACCCACAGGGCAGCCCAGCCUUGGAAGUUCCCACGGGCAUCACCAGCAGAUGGCACCAAACUCCUGAUUCUGUGUGCCCACUGCCAAGCACUAGCCCAUCCCCCUAAGGGGUGAGUUCCUGGAAACUGCCAUGGAGGUAGGACAGAUGGUGGUGACCCGUCAGACACUGCUGAGGGUCCCCUAGCUGGACUUUAGGCCCUAGGGAGCUGGUGGGGCCUGUUGUCUGCCCUCCUUAUAACCAUAGAAGAGCAGUGUGUCAUACCCGCCCAUAGUACUGGGCUCCUUUUCCGGAGACCCCCUGCCCCUGAGAUAGGGCAGUCAUAGCCCAGUGUGGGCAGAGGGACCCCACGGUCACUGCACAGAGAUUGAAUUUCUGUCAGUGUGGGGUCUAGUGACAAGGCUCCCCUCACACCUGCUGUUCUCUCCUCCUUGGCACCAGCUGGCAGCCUGCAUCCUUCCUGUUUGUUCCUUGAGCUCAGAAAGAAGGAUCCGAAGAAACUUCCCGAAUGUGUUCCUCAAGGAUUCCUCUCCAGUAUCCCCUGCUGUAGGUUUGCAGAGGUGCCUUCUGAUGCCACUGUUGACUUCAGUCUCCUCCCUUGUUUGGCUAGUCCAAUCAAGGGGAGGGGGCAGGCACUCCUGUGUCUGGCAUAGGAGUGUGCAGGGUGCCUAGCCGGUGGCUUCCCAGGCCAUUGCUGUAUCAGGAUGGAGCGUCCAGAGUGGGCUCUGCCAUUGACAGAAGUGGAGCCACGGUACAGACCAGUGUGGUCAGCGCUCAGGGUCCUCACAGCUCAGCCUGGCACUGGUGCCGUGAGUGCCCACUAGGGUGUGUGACUUUUGGGCUGGGCUCCCCAGGAAUGUGCUCUGGGAAAGAGCCCGAAGUGCCCUUCCUGAUGUGACUUCGGCUCAGACUGGCUCUCUCUUGCUUUCCAAACCAUACAGGGCCCUCGGUGCUGGAGACUUGCAGGGUCUUGGCCUGUGGACUACGCCAUUGGGACUAAUCCCUCUGCACAGCACAGAGGACCCAGUCACCGUGCUCAUCUGAGCACGGGUGUUGCUUUUAUUAGUUUUCUAACUUAAUAAAAGUGAGGAAGUUCCUGAUCUUCCUUGGGUUCUGA